AUGGCGGAGCCCAUGGACCGGGACGGCGUCUCGGACGGCGCAACGGAGUGGCAGUUCCUCCAAUGCUUCGGGGAACGAACUCCGGGGGAGGAGAUCCAGGACGCGGACAUCAUUAGCACGGUCUGCUUCGACGGAGACGGCGAGCACCUAGCCACGGGCGACCGCGGCGGCAGAGUCGUGCUGUUCGAGAGGAUCGCGGCCGAGAAGAAGCUCAGCACGGUGGAGGAUGUGGCGCCGCAGGCGCAGAUGCACCCGCACGAGUACCGGUACCUCACCGAGUUCCAGUCACACGAGCCCGAAUUCGACUAUCUUAAAUCCCUCGAAAUCGAGGAGAAGAUCAACAAGGUGCGGUGGGGGCUGGGGGAAGCCGGGGGGCGGCUGCUGCUGUCGACGAACGACAAGACCGUGCGGCUGUGGCGCGUGUACGAGCGCACGGUGCGACAUCUCGGGCACUUCAACAUCGCGCCGGAGAUCCGCGCGACGGUGACGAGCGCCGCGCAGCUGAAGAAGAUGGGCCUGCAGUGCCCAACGGUGCUGCGGCUGCCCAAGGUGCUCCGCGUGGAGGUGCAGCUGACGGCCAAGUGCAAGCGCGUGUUCGCGAACGCGCACACGUACCACAUCAACAGCAUCUCCCCGAACAGCGACGGCGAGACGUUCAUCAGCGCCGACGACCUGCGCGUCAACCUGUGGAACUACGAGCACGCGGACAAGUCGUUCAACAUCGUCGACAUCAAGCCGGACAACAUGGAGGACCUCACCGAGGUCAUCACGAGCGCCGACUUCCACCCGCACCACUGCCACCAGCUCGUCUACUCCUCGAGCAAAGGGUGCAUCCGCAUGGUCGACAUGCGCGCCGCGGCGCUCUGCGACAAGCACCAGCGCGACUUCGUGGAGCAGGAGGAGCAGCCCAGCCGCUCGUUCUUCUCCGAGAUCAUCUCGUCGGUGUCGGACGUGAAGUUCUCCAAGGACGGGCGCUACCUCGUGUCGCGCGACUACAUGACGGUCAAGCUCUGGGACGUCAACAUGGAGGCGCGCCCGCUGAAGACCUUCCUCGUCCACGAGCCGCUCCGCGCCAAGCUGUGCGACCUGUACGAGAACGACUGCAUCUUUGACAAGUUCGAGUGCUGCAUCAGCGGACAGUCGACGCACGUCGCCACGGGCUCGUACGGCAGCUUCUUCCGCGUGUUCUCGUGCGACGACGGGCCCGACCACCUCCUCGAGUCGAGCCGGGACCCGCAGCGCAAGCGCGUGAACAACGCCAAGGGCGCCAGCGGGAAGAAGAAGGGCGCGCCGCCCGACCGCAGGCUCGCGGGGCUCGAGUCGCUCACGCUCGGGGACUUCGGCGCCAAGAUGCUGCACCUCGCGUGGCACCCGCGGCACAACAUCAUCGCGUCCGCGGCCUCGAACUCUCUGUACCUGUUCUGCACCGCGCCGUGCUAG